GUUCUCUUUGACUCUAUUCAAUCUCUCUAGCUGCACUUGUUACAGCUCCUCUUCAUCACCUUCAUCACAGCACCAGUGUCUUCUUUACAAAAAUGUCCGGCAUCAUGAAAGUGUUUCUACUCCUGGCUGUCAUGGUCUGCAUCUCUCAAGCCCAACUCGGUCAUACAUCAGGAAAGCAGUGUCUGUGUCAACGUGUGAGGAAUGGAAUUAGAUCGAAGAAUACCAUAAAGGACGUCCAGGUCUACCCAGCAACCAUCUUCUGUGACAAAGUGGAGAUUGUCGUCACCAUCAACAGCGGCCUUCGCUAUUGCCUGAACCCCAAGUUGAAGGCAGUGCAAAAACUCAUGGCUUCCAUCAUUAAACGAGGAUCCUCGACUACAACCAGACCAACUGAGCUCACUUCCACCACCAACACAGCUCGCAUCUGACUCUUUAUCUCCUCCGAUCGAGAAGAAGAGCAGAUGAUCUCUGACCCCCACAAACAAAGGCACCUUAAACGAAUGCAGAUUUGAAAUGGAAUACAUGUUUUGUCUAUUUAUCUUCUAUUUAUACUGUUGUGCACUUACAGUUUGAUCUCUGUUCUAUUUUAUUUUUAUUUGAUCUGUGUUUGUAAAUAGAUGUAUGUGUUUUGAAUCAAGUCUGAUACAUGUUGGAAUUGUCAGUGUUUUUUAAAUAAAAAAAUAUAAGCUCAAAAGCA